GGAUGGAAUGGUUAUCCUAUAUUAUUGUGUUUAUAACCCAUUUGAAUGUGUUGCUUGCCUCGGAUAUUGCAUGUUCCUGUCGUAUAUGCGUGCAAGGAUUACCAGCAGCGAGGAAAGAACACAAUGGCAUUUUAAGAGGCUUGUGCUGCAGAGAGAGUGUCUGAGGGAGACUGUCGCCCCCUGCUGUCUCCCAUGGGAAGUGUCCUGGCUCUGUCUUCUCUUCCUGUUCAUCUCCCCUCUCCGUUCCGCCAGAGCUGUGUCCCCCAGCGAUGGGACAAGAGGGACGGGCGACUGCCCAAUCCGGGCGGCUUUGACAUGCUGCACAGGAGGUGUAAAGAUGUCUUUCCACACCAGACAGAAGGAGUGAAGCUGACCAUCAACAGGACAAUAAGCACUUUCUUUAAGGCGAGUCACAUUCUCCACCUCAGUGCAGUCGGACCGUCCAACUAUCGCUUUAAUGCCUCAUAUCAGCAGAGCGAUUCAGACAGGAGGGAGGAGGCCUGCCCCGUGCUGGUUGGAGAGAUGGAUUCCUUUGGCAGUCUCAAUGCCCAGUGUCUUCACUUCCUGAGUGAGCGAAUCAGAGCCAAGGCUGUCUUUCAGACUCAGCGGUCUCAGUUUCUAGUCUGGCAGUUUGAGACAGAAUAUCGAGGAGAUGAUUUCACUGCUGCUGUCACUCUGGCAAACCCAGAUCUCCUCAGAGAGUCGGUAAUCAUGGUGGCACACUUCCUGCAGAGUGUGUCUCCGCAGCUGGUUCUGGGAGGGGAGCUGGUGUACCACCGCGGCCGGGCAGAGGAGGGGGGCAUCGUGACACUGGCAGGGCAAUACUCAGGUCCAAACUGGGUGGCUACUCUGAACGCUGGGAAUGGAGGAGCGCAUGCCAGCUAUUAUCACAGAGCAAACAAGCAGAUCCAGGUGGGAGUGGAGUUUGAGGCAAGCACUAGGACCCAGGAGACAACAUGCUCAUUCGGGUACCAGCUGGACAUCCCAGAAGCCAACAUGGUCUUCAGAGGCACGCUGGACAGCCGGUGGAUUGUUGGCGGGGUCCUCGAGAAGCGCUUAACCCCCCUCCCUGCAGCCCUGACGCUCGGGGCCUUUAUGAACCACCGUGGGGACAAGGUGCAGUGCGGGCUGGGGGUCACUGUGGGCUAGGCUGGGUCAGUGCUGUGCUUCAUGAAGCAGCGUGGGGACACGGUGCAGUGCGGGCUGGGGGUCACUGUGGGCUAGGCUGGGUCAGUGCUGUGCUUCAUGAAGCAGCGUGGGGACAGGGUGCAGUGCGGGCUGGGGGUCACUGUGGGCUAGGCUGGGUCAGUGCUGUGCUUCAUGAAGCAGCGUGGGGACACGGUGCAGUACGGGCUGGGGGUCACUGUGGGCUAGGCUGGGUCAGUGCUGUGCUUCAUGAAGCAGCGUGGGGACACGGUGCAGUGCGGGCUGGGGGUCACUGUGGGCUAGGCUGGGUCAGUGCUGUGCUUCAUGAAGCAGCGUGGGGACACGGUGCAGUACGGGCUGGGGGUCACUGUGGGCUAGGCUGGGUCAGUGCUGUGCUUCAUGAAGCAGCGUGGGGACACGGUGCAGUGCAGGCUGGGGGUCACUGUGGGCUAGGCUGGGUCAGCGCUGUGCUUCAUGAAGCAGCGUGGGGACACGGUGCAGUGCGGGCUGGGGGUCACUGUGGGCUAGGCUGGGUCAGUGCUGUGCUUCAUGAAGCAGCGUGGGGACACGGUGCAGUACGGGCUGGGGGUCACUGUGGGCUAGGCUGGGUCAACGCUGUGUUUCAUGAAGCAGCGUGGGGACACGGUGCAGUGCAGGCUGGGGGUCACUGUGGGCUAGGCUGGGUCAGUGCUGUGCUUCAUGAAGCAGCGUGGGGACACGGUGCAGUGCGGGGCUGGGGGUCACUGUGGGCUAGGCUGGGUCAGUGCUGUGCUUCAUGAAGCAGCGUGGGGACACGGUGCAGUGCGGACUGGGGGUCACUGUGGGCUAGGCUGGGUCAGUGCUGUGCUUCAUGAAGCAGCGUGGGGACACGGUGCAGUGCGGGCUGGGGGUCACUGUGGGCUAGGCUGGGUCAGUGCUGUGCUUCAUGAAGCAGCGUGGGGACACGGUGCAGUGCGGACUGGGGGUCACUGUGGGCUAUGCUGGGUCAGUGCUGUGCUUCAUGAAGCAGCGUGGGGACAGGGUGCAGUGCGGGCUGGGGGUCACUGUGGGCUAGGCUGGGUCAGUGCUGUGCUUCAUGAAGCAGCGUGGGGACACGGUGCAGUGCGGGCUGGGGGUCACUGUGGGCUAGGCUGGGUCAGUGCUGUGCUUCAUGAAGCAGCGUGGGGACACGGUGCAGUGCGGACUGGGGGUCACUGUGGGCUAGGCUGGGUCAGUGCUGUGCUUCAUGAAGCAGCGUGGGGACACGGUGCAGUGCGGACUGGGGGUCACUGGGCUAGGCUGGGUCAGUGCUGUGCUUCAUGAAGCAGCGUGGGGACAGGGUGCAGUGCGGGCUGGGGGUCACUGUGGGCUAGGCUGGGUCAGUGCUGUGCUUCAUGAAGCAGCGUGGGGACACGGUGCAGUGCGGGCUGGGGGUCACUGUGGGCUAGGCUGGGUCAGUGCUGUGCUUCAUGAAGCAGCGUGGGGACACGGUGCAGUGCGGGCUGGGGGUCACUGUGGGCUAGGCUGGGUCAGUGUAGAGUAUCAUUUCAAUUAUGAUUUUUAAAUCCCUUCUAAAAAUUCCCCGUAGUAAAAGCAUUGCAAAGUGUAAUAAAGCACAGUGAAAGCAUGGCAAAGCAUUGGCAAGCAUUGCCCAGAGAGGUGUGGUAAAGUGUAUUAAAUAACAUGGUAAACUGUGUUCAAUUCAUAGUGUACUGCAGUAACACCCACUGCUGCCAGGAAUGACCUCACAUAACCAUGACCAGCAAUAAAAUCCAUGUGUUGAAUGAUGGGGUGUGAAGCAUCUGCUUGAUUGAUACAUUCUAAUAAAAUCCAUGUGUUGAAUGAUGGAGCAGUGCAGUGAUGAGGUGUGAAGUAUCUGCUUGAUUUAUAUAUUAUACUAGUUUGCAUGAUUGCAGAUGAUUUCCAAAGAACAGAGAUCAGAGUCAAAUAAAAACGUGAUGCAAAACAAACGCAUCUCUGAGCUGAACUGGACGCUGCACAGAGCUGAGGUCUCAAACGUUAGUAUCACACGAGCUGGGUCUUCAGCAAACCCUUCCGGACUGCCUCAGACACCGCUGGGAGUUCACUCUCAGGGUUCUGUUCUCUUUCUGACUCUUCGAACAUUCAGCAUCCUCGGACAGACCAGGGACAGACUCGCAGCUUUGACAAACAC